AUGUUGGGCGAGGACACGUUUAACCGAGCAAAGCUGCUGAACGUGGGCUACAGCGAGGUCCUGAAGGAGGCAGACUACGACUGCUUCAUCUUCAGCGACGUGGACCUCAUCCCCAUGGACGACCGCAACCUGUACCACUGCUACGACCAGCCGCGCCACUUCGCCAUCGCCAUGGACAAGUUUGGCUUCAGGCUUCCGUAUGCUGGUUACUUUGGAGGUGUUUCGGGCCUCAGUAAAAAACAGUUUCUGAAAAUAAAUGGAUUCCCAAACGAGUACUGGGGCUGGGGAGGAGAGGACGACGAUAUCUACAACAGGAUCACUCUGAACGGGAUGAAAGUGUCGAGACCGGACGUCCGAAUCGGCCGCUACCGAAUGAUUAAACACGAGCGAGACCGGCACAACGAGCCCAACCCUCAAAGAUUCAACAAGAUCCAGAACACCAAGAACACCAUGAAGAAGGACGGCAUCAGCUCUCUGACCUACAAGCUGCUGGAGGUGCGACGGUUUCCCCUUUACACAAACAUAUCAGUGGAGAUCGGAAAGCCUCCCCCGCGGCCAUUCAAGGGAUAG